AUGUUAAAUUUUUCAAACCUAGCUCGUUUUGGGAUCGAAUACGCCAUUAAGAAUAAAGAAUUAAUUAAUAAUUCAUCAACAAUACUAACAGUUCCCACAGCAUCACAGACAAAAAAUGCUGAAAUGCAUGAAUUAUCAAUCGUUGAUAGAAUAGAACGGUGGUGUAAUGCACAAAAAGCUGGUGUCAAAUUAACAAAUGUGCUCAAAGAAAAGAAACAAGAAAAAGAAAAUGCUUUAGAGAAAACAGAAACUCAAGACACAGAAAAACUGGAGAAAAAAUCAAAAAAGAUAAAAGUAUCACCCCUUGGUCUAAUUGUUAAUGGUGCUAGUUCAUCCAAGAAAGGUACAAACGAAGCAACAUCAAGUAAUAAUAAUAAAGCCUCGUUAUCGUCAUCAACAAAAAGAAUAGCUGGCUGUACGAAAAAAAAUCCAACAAAACCAACAACAACCGGUGUUGAAAGAACUGAAAAGCGUCUAAGUGACUCUUCAACAUUUAAUGAUGUUUCAGCUAAAAUUCGAAAAAAAAAUUAUGUUAACAUUCUGAAUCUACCAGAUGACGUUUUAUCGUUUUCAAAUGAUAAGUUUUAUGAUUAUGUGCGAGAAACAGCUGGUGAAGAAGCAGUGGAGAUAUGUAAAUUUCAAGCGAUUCGAAGUACAGCUGUUUUAAUUACUACCACAAUAGAUGAAACGUUAGCUAUAUUAGAUGAUAAUGUUGAAGAAUUGAAAGAUUUUAAACGAAGAGUAGAUUAUACGCGGUUUGAUGGAAAAUUUGUGAUGAAAAUUGGAAUAAAAAAUCGAAUAAAAAAUUUAAUAACGUUAUUGAAACUAAAAAACGAACAAACUCAAAUAACAAUAAAUACGACAACGGUCGAUGAUCAAAAUAUCGAUAGUCAAAAUUUAUACGAAUUAAUGUUAUCAUUGUUUUCGACGAUUCUCUUUCCAAUGGAAUAG